CUGGACCUCAGCUCCAACGCCCUGCUGGCACUGCCCGGACAGUUGGGCGACUGUUCCAAGAUUAAAGUCAUCGAUCUUAAGAAUAACAAACUAAAGGACAGGCGUUUAGUGAAACUGAUAGACCAGUGCCACACCAAACAGAUCAUGGAUUACAUCCGGAGUCAGUGCCCGCGCACUACUAGUAGUCAAAAGCCGAGCGCCGGUACCACUGAUGGCGAUGACAGCGCCACCGGAGGCGAGAAAUCCGGUGAUAACAACACCGACAGCGCCGGCGAUAAGGUGAGGGAUGCCUCGCAAGACAGGCGCUCGAAGGCCAGGGAUGCCCGUAGGCGCCGGCGCUCGUCAUCCCGUUCCCCGCGCACGUCCGAAAGCAGUGAUAAGCCGGCGCUCGACACGAUUAACGUGUUGGCCGUCCAGUCGGACGAGUGGUUUAAGGCGACGACAACGCCGGCGGUCCACGAGUUGCGCAAAAUAGUGGUCUGUCUGGUGAGGGGCGUGGAUCUGACCCGCGAGGGCACCAUCAAGAGGUUCCUCGCCUUGCAGACGGGUACGCGCCAACACGCGACUAUAGCCACACACGACUUGUCAAAGAUAAUCGGCCGCCAAAUCCACUUUGAUGUGCGGCCGCCGACCAAAAUACGGCUCAUUCCCCUCAACCGACCCAAAGAGAUGUCGGCGCAGGAGUUGUAUAAACAGCUGAACGAAGAGGCGGAGGCCUACCGGAAGGAGAAGAAACGGCAGUCCUAUUCAGGCAUUCAUAAGUACCUCUUCCUCCUG